ACUAUCUGGGAGGGGAGUACUAAAACAUCUGUAAAAGGAGAAUGAGUUGCACAAUCCGGAAGGUCAAUGGGUUCAUUCUCUGAGCAGGUUCCUCACGUAGCCAGUUCUAUUUCGCAAAUUACUGAUACCAGUUCGAUCUAUUUUUUUGUAAGUCACGUUCAAAUAUUUCAAGAGCACAUGAUAAAGACGAGAACCACCAUUUUAAGCGAUCGUAACAACGUUUGAAUCGUGGAACAGUGAAAAAAACCUCCACAAUGUCAAAUAGUCCUGUAGCAGGGAAAGAAAUGACCUCAUAUGAAGAGGAAUCACAGGCUUCAAAACUUUCUAGGAAAAUUCAAGAAGCCCCAUAUGUCCCAUUAGGAUGGGCUGGUCUAAUAGGUGCAUGUGUUUAUGCCGCUACUCAGUACAAGCAUCGAGGACGUGAAUCGACAUCUGUGUUCCUAAUGAAGCUUCGUGUUGGAGCCCAGAGUAUGGUAGUUGGUGCCAUAGCAUUAGGUAUGGGAUACACCCUCCUUAAAGACUAUGUGAAGAAAGAGAAUAAACAAAAAGCAAGUGACUCCAAUUCAGAGCAAUAGCAUGGAAAUAAAUUAGGCAAUUUUAUUAUAAGAGAAUUCCAGAAACAUAUACUCAUUAUGAAUCAUCAUGGAUGCAAGGAAGGAUACAUACAUUAUGACUGAUAUUGUGUUAUUUUAAAAUAAUGGAAUAAACAAUUUAUACAAUGAAUAACGGAAUAAAAUAUCCAUUGAUGGAUAGACUAAAUGAAGAAUACAGAUUUAUGGACGAUCUUGUGAUAAAUACUUGUAUACUACAAGGAAUGUACAUGUAUGAUGCUUUGUACUUGAUGCUUUCAAUUAGUAGAAAUCAUGUACAUAUUGUAUUGGUACGAAAGCAAAAUCAAAAUGACUGGAAACCUGUCUUUUAUAAUAGAUGUAUCGCAUACUGACUUUGUCCUCUCCUAUCUCCUAUUCUACAAAAACACUAAAUAUUAGAUUAAUGCAUGUAAGGAUAACAGGCCCGUAGCCAGGAUUUG